UCUCUCUCUCUCUCUCUCUCUCUCUCUCUACUUUAUGCCAAUUUCUGAUUCAGGGUUAUCAAUAAAGGUUGAGAAUUUAGGAAAAGUAUUUGAGGGUUUUCAAGGAGAGAUCAAGAAGAUCAAUUCGGGGUUAAUUGUUACAAGAUGAGGAAGCGUCAAGUGGUAGUGAGGAGAGAAGAACCAUCAAGAAAUGCAUCAACAACAUCAUCCUCAAUCACAAUCAGGACUGUGAGAUAUGGGGAGUGCCAAAAGAAUCAUGCGGCUGGUGUCGGAGGAUAUGCUGUUGAUGGGUGCAGAGAAUUCAUGGCAAGUGGAGAAGAAGGAACAAAUGGUGCACUCACCUGUGCUGCUUGUGAUUGUCACAGGAACUUCCAUAGAAGGGAAGUAGAGACUGAAGUGGUUUGUGAAUGCUCUUCUCCUAAUUCAAAUGGGAAUUAAUUAAAGGAACUACCUUUUAAUUAAUGUUUUCUUUCAACUGGAAGUCUAUAUAUAUUUAUAACGUUUUUGACUUUAAUUAUUUGUGAGUUUGUUUUACAGUAAUAGUUUUUAGGGUUUGAUGGCGAAGAUUAAUCCCCGGCAGCCGGGGUAAUUAAGAAAGACAGAUGAAAUUGCGAUUUGUGAUCAAAUUAAGUUGAUGAUUGAGUUGAAAUUCAGUGGUGUUAGGCUAUAUCUAUCCAGAUCAUUAGUGGAGCAAAGGAAUUGAAUUAUGAUGAUGAAAUAUGGUAAUUAUAUUUUAUGUUUGAUUGUAA